AUGGCUCCCAAGAGGGCGCUGUUCGUGGCGGUCGGCGACGGCGGUGCGCCGCCGCCGCCUCUGCCUCCGGAGAAGCGCCAGCGGGCGGGACCGGCUCCCAGCAGGAACAGCCCCGAGCUGCCGCUGCCGCCGUCGCCGAAGCACUUCCUCGCCAUCGCCCUCGUUGUCCUCUUCUUGAAACGACCGAAGGGUCGGAGCACGGACAGGGUCCCCAUCUCCCUCUCGCAAAUCGGUCGCGUGGUUGGGGACCAGAUUUGUCGUUUCAUCAAUCCCGUGUUUAGGAAACUGGAAAGAAUCGAGGAGCGGAUUCAGGAUCUCACCGUCAAAGUGGAUAAUAUAACACGGCCCUCUAAUAACCUCCUCAAUGAUGAGCAAUUCACCCAAGAGGAAAACCAGGAAGGCACCAGUGCUGAACCUGCAGGAUUGGCCACUGCUCAAGGCAAUUGUGAAAACACCAGCAUUCGGCUGCGCUUCCUCAAUGGACUGAAGACUCCCGUCUACCAUGACGAUGAGGUAAAAUCGGAGAGCAAUACAGCCAUUAAGGUUGGCAUAUUUAAUGGAGACAAGAUGAUCGAAUCAGGCGGGCUUUCAAACCUGCAAAUUGAGAUCUUCGCCCUUGAGGGCAACUUUCCUCAUGCUUCCCCAAAGAGUUGGACUCCAAAGAAGUUCAAUAAGCAUAGAGCACAUUCGCGUGAUGGAAACGGAAAUGUGUUGGCCGGUGAAGGAACAAAAGCCCAGCUUAAGAAUGGAAAGUGCGAUCUUGGUAGCAUCAAAUUCACAGAAGGGUCGUGCAAGGCUCGCGGCGGGAAGUUCAUCAUUGGGGCAAGAGUUUGUGAGGGUGAGGUAUCGGGUCUCCAGGUUCAACAAGCCGUCAUGAACCCUGUAGUUGUGCAGGAUCGCAGAAACAAAUCAAAUGAAAAGAGUCAUCCUCCAAAACUAAAUGAUAGCGUGCAUCGUCUGGAGGAGAUUGCCAAAGUUUAUGCCGAAAGGCUGGAGAAGAAGAACAUCUUUACUGUGGAACAGUUUUUAAAGGCUUUAAAUAAGGACCCUUGUAACCUCGCCAAAGUAAACUCAACAUUUUUUUUUAUCAAAUCUCAAACAUUUUCUUUCAAAACUCUCAGUCAGUUUAUUUACAUCACAUCAUUGCUAUUCCUCGAAACGGCAGCAGCUGAAAGAUUGAGCCAUGAUCCGACUGAGUCAUCUUGUCCGAAUGCAUACAAUGACCCAGUUCCCAGCUCCUCCAUUCCUGAUCACCCCAGCAUGCAUAACUAUCAAGGUGGAAGUGUUCCAGUUGUACCACUUGAAGGCUUGAGCCAUGAUCAGCACAAUGAUUUGUUACGUGCAAAUGCAAACAAUAAUGAUCCUGAACCUAGUUCCUCCACUGCUGAUCACCUCUGCACAUAUGACUACCGAGAUCAAGGGAACCCACCUGCUGGUCAGGGGCAGUUCUCGGCUUUCACUAAUGCCCCGUGUCAAGAUCAAGACACCCUUGGAGGUGCGGCUAAUAUAAGUCAAUUCGUCUCCCCUGAAGUUGUCGAAUUGACAUUUCUCCAGCACCAAGCAGGCAUUAACAACUAUGUGACACCAGGCUUGGAUCUUGUGGAAAUCCAAAGUCAGUUUUUCUGGUUAAGCAAUGGCACCUUAGAUGGAUCAACUUGUGGUCACAUCAAUACAGCGUUACCACCACAGCAACCUAUAAUCCCUGGUAUGUCUCUCAAGCCUUCUCACCAUCCUUGGAAAGCAGGAAAGGUACCCCAAGAUCAGGUCAAGGGAGCACACAGAGCCAGAUGCAAGCUCCCUUGGCCCCCACCAAUGACGCCUCAGUGGCAUCUGCUUCUGCUCAGCAGGCCCUUCCACCACAACAGUGUUAUCCCUGGAACGGAUCAUGGCUACAGACUUUUUUCUUCGCUGAGUAUGAAGUGUGCGAACUGGGAAAUAGCUACUCGCAGUCGCAGUCGCAGGCGAGCCGCGGACUCGCGCACCCGCCCCGGGCGCCCCGCUCGCCUCCUUCCCCACCCGCGACCGAGAGGCAGCGACGCGCAGGCACCAGGCGCGGAUGGCAUCGACCAUCGACGGCGGCGCCGCGCCGUACUGCCAGAGCCCCGGCGGCGCAUACCGUCCUCCCUGACGAGAUCUGGGGAGAUCUUCCUGCGCCUCGACGCCGCGGCCGACCUCGCCCGCGCCUCCGCCGGCUGCUCCUCCUUCCGCCGCAUCGUCUCCGACCGCCGGUUCGUCCGCUGCUUCCGGUCCCUCCACUCCCCUCCAGUCCUCGGGUUGAUCAGAUACGGAUACCGAGAAUUCCUCCCCGUCGGACGGCCCCACCGCUCCGCCCCGGAAGCCCGCGCGCUCGCGCAAGACGCCGACUUCACCUUCUCCUUCCUCCCCGACCCCAGCGCGUGGAGCUCUCGCGACGCCCGCGAUGGCCGCGUCCUCCUCUCCCGGCGCAUCUCCGCCGCAAUCGCCUUCGAGGAUUUCCUAGUCUGCGACCCCUUGCAUCGCCGGUACGUCAAGAUUCCCCGCAUACUGGACGACCUACUGGCGGCCUCCACCCCAGACAAUGGUACGGCGCGGCAUCUGUUACCCGUUCUGGCUCCAACCGGUGACAAUGACGAGGAGGAAUCGUUCAGAGUUAUAUGCACUGUGCAGGACAAAGGCAAACGCAAGGUCAUGGCUUUCGUCUUCUCUUCCUGCAACCAGACGUGGCAAGGUAUUAUAAGCACGAUCUAUUUGCCUAAUGGAUUUAUUGGAUGCAAGCCCUACUAUGCGCACGGCUGCUUGUUCUGGAUGUUCUUUGGCAAGGGCUAUUCGCUAAUGCUUGAUACAAGUGAGAUGAAAUCCUCCAUCAUUGACCUCCCGCCCCACAAUUUUGAUUUUGGUUCAAUGCAUGCCAUUGUCGAGGCAGAGGACGGCAGACUCGGGUUCUUAACUAUUGGUGAUGGCACAAUUGGCCUGUAUUGCAAGAAUUGGCAAAGCAAUGGUGUUGGCGCACAAGAGUGGCAGCAUGACAAACUGAUUCCGUUGCCCAAAGACUCUGGGGUCAACUAUAGUUGGGACAUUGUGGGCACAGUAGGGCGUUAUGUAGCUCUAGUGGCUCAUGACCCAAUCUGUGAUGAGUCGUCGCCAAAUUCUGAACUUUUUGUACUGGACAUUAAGACAUUGCUUGUUGAGAAGCUCUGCACCUUGAACGAUGGCAUGUUCUGUGGUUUUCCUUAUGCAAGAUUUCCACCACCGUUGGCACUGCCAAGCAUAUGA